UCAUGCCUUUAGGAGCGCACAAUUUCUGCCGACUUUAUGGGAUGACUUUGGAGAAAUUGAAGGGUCCGAAUUGCAAGUUAAAGUGGAAAAGAAAGAGUACCCAGUCAUUGUUGGAAGGAACAUAGCAAUUUCUAGUCAUCAAGGCAUUGGAGCUCCUCAAAUGGGCCAAAUCAAACAACGACAUUCUUACAAGCCGUGCAUUAGGUAUGCAUACAGGCGGUGCAUCAGGCAGCUCCUCCGCAUCGUUCAUCCCCCCAUCCUUACUCCAACUACUGAUCGCGUUACCUCCAUUGCAGAAAUGACUUUACACACUUCCGCUGCAACAAAAAAAAAAUGCACAAAGGGCAAGAAGCCAUUUGAUUGUCCAAGAUGUGAGUGGAAGAUGACAUUAGUGUCGCGUGGUAUGUUCCAAAUCGAUCUUACUGAUGGCAGUGGCUCGGUAACAGCAUCGAUAUCUGGUGUACUUGGUGAAAAGAUGUUUUUCAUGACAGCAGAAGAUAUAUUCGACACAACUUGUGUCAAGCUCCAACUCAUUCACACUGACCAUAUCCAACAACUGUUGUCCAACAAAAUAUUCUACAUUCAGUUAAAGAAGUCAUCCUGGGUAAGCGCUAAUGGUACCCAUAUAGGUCCAACAGUUCUAUCGUACACAAAAAAAAGUGCAGUUGCUUCCGUCUACCAUCAAGGACAAAAAUGCUGAUUAUAAUGGGCAUUGCAUUCACAUUGCUGGUAGCUGAAACAUUGUCAAAUGGGAUGGCAAGAAAAUCUUGUGGCAUAUCGCACAUAAGAAACUGAAUCAAGCUGGAUGCCGAGCUCAGUGCUCCAUACGAGAGAAAUGAAAGCAGAGCAGUUAAGUGUGAUGGCAGGUUUCUCUACUAUAAAAUAUUACUUAGAACUCAUCACUAUGUAACUGCAUUUGGACUAGCUUUCAUUGACAGCCAAAAU